CAAGCAUUACCAACAGAGAGAACGAACUGUAGCUGCUGCACACUGCUUUGUGUGACUCUGCAUAGCAGAGCCAUACAAAACAGUGUGCUUACAGUUGAAAGCACUAACACAGCACACAGUAAAAAAGCACUCCCUUUGAUUGCCCCUCAUGUUAACCCCUUCUGGCCCAGUGCCAUUAGUACAGUGUCAGUGCUUGUUAUUAGCACUGAUCAAUGUAUUGGUGUAACUGGGGAUGUCAGUUACACCAAGUCAGUUCCCUCUAGUGUCAGAAUGCCCGCCGCAGUCCCGCUAUAAGUCACUGAAUGCCGCCAUUACUAGUAAAAAAGUUUGACAAAUCCCAGUAUAUAUACCGCCAUUUGUAAAAACUAUAACUUUCAUGUAAACCAAUUUA